ACAAACAAUAGUUUUCUUUUUUUUUAGAGAUAUUUUUACUUAUUUCUAAUUUCUCUUCAAAACGGAGCAUAAAUGAAGAGCAAAUUAGUGUACGCGCACACCGUACACACACAUGGCGAGCAUGCGCAGAUGGUGAAUAAUUCCAAUAAUUCCACGUGGUCAUAGCUGUAGCUGUGGCUUUGCAGUGCGGAUAAAGUCAGUUUACUUAAUCUUGUGUAUAAAGAGGAAAAGAUAAUCGUAAAUUAAUAAGAAAUUAAUUGUAAUAGUUUUUCAAUCACCCUUGCAUUUACGAUGCCUGUCCACUUUAAGGAUAUAUCCGAAGAAAUGAAGGAGGAACCGAUGGAGAGUAUCGCGGACGAGGGUGAGAGCAGCGACGAGUCGAUGGAAAGUGAGAACGAGGACGAGAAUCAAGAGAAAGCUGAGUCACAAGUGUACCUUCCAGGGCAGGCUUUGCAAGAGGGGGAAGAACUCACCGUGGAUAAGUCGGCGUACAGAUUGUUGCAUCACGCACAAUCCGGAGCACCAUGCCUCAGCUUUGACGUGAUACCAGAUGAUUUAGGUGGCUCUAGAGAGAGUUAUCCCUUAAGCAUGUACAUAGUCGCCGGGACGCAAGCUGCCAGGACGCAUGUCAAUAAUCUUCUUGUCAUGAAAAUGUCCAAUUUGCAUGCCAGUAAACAUUCUGAAGAUUCGGAGAGCGAAUCCAGCGAUUCUGAGGACGAGGACGACGAUCGUAAGCCUGUUAUGAGUGUCGCUCCUAUAAAACAUCAAGGAUGUAUUAAUAGAGUGAGAUGUACGAAACUUGGCGAAACAAUUUUAGCUGCCAGUUGGAGCGAACUGGGACGUGUAAAUGUCUGGAACUUACAAGAACAGUUGAACGCAGUCGAAAAUCCCAGCUUAUUGGCUCAAUAUCGUAAUAAGUGUGAUAAAGCGAGUGCAAGCAUUAAGCCGUUAUAUGAGUUCAAAGGCCAUUUAUCUGAAGGAUUCGGCCUUGAUUGGAGCCGCACAGAGCCGGGCACUUUAGCAUCCGGUGAUUGCAAAGGUAACAUUCAUAUAUGGAGAGUUGACAGUAGUAGCACAUCCUGGCAUGUGGAUCAAAGAUCGUACAAUUCGCAUGCUCCACAUAGUGUGGAGGAUUUGCAGUGGUCACCAAACGAAAAGAAUGUUCUGGCAUCGUGCUCUGUAGACAAAAGCAUAAAGAUUUGGGAUACGCGAGCAAGCCCACAGAAUGCAUGCAUGUUGACAGCGUCUGAUGUUCACACGACCGACGUCAACGUUAUUUCGUGGAAUCCGAAAGAAUGUCAGUUUAUGGUAUCGGGUGGAGACGAUGGAUUGCUCCACGUGUGGGAUCUGCGGCAGUUAGGAUCUAGCGGCUCAAGUCCGGUUGCUACUUUUAAACAACAUACUGCGCCAGUCACUACCGUGGAGUGGCAUCCCACAGAAGCCACGGUAUUCGCUUCUGGCGGGGCUGAUGAUCAGAUCGCUCAAUGGGAUCUGUCGGUGGAAGCAGACCACACAGAAGAACCUCAGGGCGUGUUAGCCAAGUUACCGCCACAGCUAUUGUUCAUACAUCAGGGUCAGUCGGACAUCAAAGAAUUGCACUGGCACCCGCAAUGCCCAGGAACCAUGAUCUCGACUGCGCAUUCGGGAUUCAAUAUAUUUCGUACGAUUAGUGUGUAAUAAAAUUUCAUACACUCUAGGAUAAUGUAAAAGAAUAUAUUUAAGAGACUGUGAAAUACAAUAUAUUAUGUAAAAUGUCUACAAAAUCUUUGUUUUUUAAAUCAUUUUAUUCUUAUUUAUGUAACUUUUUAAUUUUGAUAAUUUGUUAAAAGAUUUACUUGUGGCUGAAGAAUUAUUUGCUUGUAUUUAAACACAAAUGUCUUUAUAAAAUACUUUUAUGAAAA